CAUGUUUGUGCCAACCAAAACACGGCCGUUUCUGCUGACUUGGCAGUUUUUGCCCACAACCAAUACAACCGCAACAAGAACACACGACAACAAGAAGACAACACACCACACGACCGCACCACCUUCCCCCCAACUCCACGAUGGCCAGCCUGAUUCCGCCGCACAUCCAGCUUGUGGAUGUGGUGGAAGACCACCACCACGGGGAGGACAGCCUUCCCGACGAUGUGAAGCAGGGAGGCCACAAGGUGGUGUACUUUGUGCGCCAUGGCCAGAGCGAGGCAAACGUUGCGUCCGACAACAACCACCCAGACUUUCGCGAUGCGCCCCUCACCAGGAUCGGCCAUGAACAGGCCAUGGGCUUGCAGUCAGCUGUGAAGAAGUGGGGCGUGCAGACGGUGUACUGCUCUCCACUGACGCGGGCCAUCCAGACGGCGUGCAUCGCCUUUGCCGAGGAGAAGUGCCCCAUCUACGCCUGGCCCGUCAUCACAGAGUUCUACCCAGACAUGCCAGAGUGCCAAGGUCGCAACCGGCAGGACCUCAAGUCGUGCCUGAUGCUCUCUGCGCUCUCGCGCUUUGACGACGUGCGCCUGGACGGCGUCGCAGACAACUGGUGGCACAUUGCCGGCGACCGCGUCGGCCGCCUGCGCACCUUCUUCAACUGGCUCUCCGUGUGCCCGGAGACGCGCAUCGCCAUCGUCUGCCACUGGGGGUUCAUCAACGAGACGCUCAACGUGGAGGCGCGAAGCCCGCUGAGCCUGCAGAUCCGCAACUGCUGCUCCAUCCGCACCAUCUGGAGCACCACGGCGACCCUGCCGUCCCCGACGCUGGCCCACCUCACCAUGCGCCGCACCUACGGCGUCGUCGCCCUGCCCUCCUCCGGCGGCGCGUCCCCUCUCGCCCAGCAGCUCUUCACGCAGCUGCAGAACUUUGUGUCGCGGCUCGCAGCCCACCCAAAGCUGUCCAACCUGUCGUGCCUGCGCUACCACCGCCUGCCCUUCAUCCACUUGGCCAGCCUGGGCCACAUCCCAAACCUGACCCAGGUCUCCCAGGCCAAGGACGUGCUGCGGCGGGAGCUGCGUCGCCGCCCCGCCGCAUCGACACAUGCAGCAGACGCAGGCACAGAGACAGCCACCACAGCUGGCACCACCGUCAACACGAACACCACCACCACCACAAGCAGCAGCAGCAGCAGUGGUGAGGCUGGCCACGCGCGCGGAGAAGCAAGAGGAGAAGAUGUUCACGCCCGCCGCUUCCACCUCAUGCAGGGCGACGAAAUGCCAGAGUACGUGUGCUCGACAGACGACGAGGACACGGCCGACCGCGUGCGCGUGCUGUAUCGGGUGCACAACGACACACUCAGUCGCAUCGCUGCUGCCGUGGUCGCCUUUGUGCAGGCCAACGUGGUGGCUGCUGAUGGCGAUGAUGAUGAUGGGGACAGCCCAGCAGCGCCGCGCAGGAAGGCCGUGGAGAGCGAGCCUGAUGACGACUGCGUGGUGGACUGGUGCGCGCGUCACGGCGCAUCGCGGCUGGUGGUUGUCGACGACACCGCAGCCAGUGACGAUUUUUUCCGGCCGCAGGGCAGCGUCGACCUGUCCAUGGUGAUGGCGAGCGCACACGAUCUGCCACUCGUCAGCACGCUGCUGCAUGGCCCGGACACGCCGCAGGAGGUGGAGGCGGCGGCGGGUGUUUCGUUCUCUGCACUCAUGGCGGAGAUUCUGAAGCAUAUGGAGUGGGAGCUGUGUCUCGUCUCCCUCACAGGCAACGCCAUUCACACCGAGGGCGUCUUUGCCCUCUGAUUCUGAUGGCGUGAUUGUGUGUGAUUGUGUGUGUGAUGGUGUGAUUGUGUGUGUGUGUUUGUGAUUGUGUGUGUGCGUGUGUGUGUGAUGUGUGAUGUGUGAUUGUGUGUUUGUGCGUGUGUUUGUGAUGUGUGAUUGUGAUUGUGUGUGUGUGUUUGUUGUUAUGCAAGUAGUGUAUGCUCCUGUGUUGAAUGUGCACGCGUGCAAAGCGUGUGCGACGUUGAUUUUGAGUAGAUGUUUGGUCCCUUGUUGUUGGUCAACUUCUUGCUUGCUUGCUUGCUGUUUGCGAGCAACGUUUAUCUGUUUUUCAACCAAACAACCAAACCCACGAACAGCAA